GCGGAGAUCUCCUUUUCAGACAUGCUGAGGAGCGUUCUGCUGUGCGCCGCGCUCGGGCUCCUGCGCGCCCAGCCCUUCCCCUGCCCACCCUCCUGCGUGUGCGUGUUCCGCGACGCGGCGCAGUGCUCGGGGAGCAGCGUGGCGCGCAUCGCCGCGCUCAGCCUGCCCACCAACCUCACGCACCUUCUGCUCUUCCGAAUGGGCCGCGGCGCCUUGCAGAACCACAGCUUCAGUGGUAUGACCAUCUUGCAGCGCCUGAUGCUGUCCGACAGCCACGUUACGGCCAUUGCCCCCGGCACUUUAAACGACCUGAUACAGCUGAAAACUCUGAGGUUGUCGCGCAACAAGAUCACUCAUCUUCCAGGCGCGCUAUUGGAUAAGCUGGUGCUCCUGGAACAGUUGUUUUUGGACGGCAACGAACUCAAGAGUCUUGACCAAAACAUGUUUCAGAAACUAGUUAGCCUGCAGGAACUCUUUUUGAACCAAAACCAAUUCGCAUUCCUUCCUGCUAGCCUCUUCGCACACCUGGAGAACCUGAAAUUGUUGGAUUUAUCGGGAAAUAAUUUGACUCACUUGCCCAAGGGAUUGUUUGGGGCCCAGGUUAAGCUUGAGAAGCUUCUCCUCCACUCGAACCAGCUCGUCUCUCUGGAUUCAGGGCUGUUGGACAGCCUGCGUGCCCUGAAGGAGCUGCAGCUGGAUAGCAAUCACAUCCGUUCCGUCGCACCCGGCGCCUUUGACAGGCUGCAAAGCCUGAGCUCUUUGACUCUUUCCAGAAACCGGCUCGAGUGUCUGCCCUCUGCUCUCUUUCUUCACUCGCGUAGUUUGACCUUCCUGACCCUGUUCGAGAACCCGCUGGAGGAACUCCCCGAGGUGCUUUUCGGGGAGAUUUGCGGCCUGCGGGAACUUUGGCUGAACGGCACGCAGCUGCUCACCCUGCCCGCCGCCGUCUUCCGCAACCUGAGCGGCCUGCGGGUCCUGAGGGUGACGCUGAGCCCGCGGCUGAGCGCGCUCCCGGAGGACGCCUUCCGGGGCCUGGGCGAGCUGCGAGUGCUCGCCCUGAGUUCCAACGGCCUGGCCUCCCUCCCCGCCGGCUUGCUGCGCGGCCUCGGCCGGCUGCGCCACGUGUCGCUGCGCCGCAACCGGCUGCGGACCUUGCCCCGCGCGCUCUUCCACAACCUCAGCAGCCUGGCGGAGGUCCAGCUCGACCACAACCAGCUGGAGACCCUGCCCGGCGACAUGUUUGAGGGUCUGCCGCAGCUGGCGGAGGUCCUGCUAGGGCACAAUCCCUGGCGUUGCGACUGUGGCCUAAGGCCUUUUCUGGCGUGGCUGCGGCAGCACGCGGCCCUCGUGGGCCGGGCCGAGCCCCCGCUGUGUCACGGCCCCGGGCCACACGCUGGCCUGCCGCUCUGGGCCCUGCCAGCCGGCGACCCCGGCUGCCCGCGUCCCGGGAGUCCGCCUCCCCGCUCCCCUGCUCUCGGUUCCUCCGAAGGCCCCCGGCGGCCAGCCCUGCCCGCCGCUCCUCCCGGAGCUGCCCGGGGGCUUAACCGCUCAGAGCCCUGGGCGUGGCACCCGCAGGUGGCCGAAGGCCAAAGCCCAAACCAUAGCCGGUUCUGGGGUCUUUAUUUUCUGCUUUUAGCGGUUCAGGCCUUGAUAACCGGGAUCAUCGUGUUUGCUAUGAUUAAACUCUGCAGGCUCUUUCGGAAAUUAAUCAGAGAGCGCGCUCUGGUUUGAGGCACUGGGCAAGCCUUGCAAUUAAUUAAAACGUGAUAAGAGUAUUGUCAGCAGGGCUCUGGGGAGAGUCCAGACCCGCUGCCUCUGUCUUCCUCUCCCUUCUUUUUC